AUGACGUGUUUCAAAGUUGUGGACAUCCACAUCAAGUGUUUUAAAAUUGUGGACAUCGACAUGACCUGUUUCAAAGAUAUUGACAUCCACAUGACGUGUUUGAAAGUUGCACACAUCCACAUGACAUGUUUGAAAGUUGCAGACAUCCACAUGACAUGUUUCAAAGCUGCACAGAUCCAUAUGACGUGUUUCAAAGUUGUGGACAUCCACAUCAAGUGUUUCAAAAUUGUGGACAUCGACAUGACGUGUUUCAAAGAUAUAGACAUCCACAUGACAUUCAGGGUCUGCACAGAUGAUCAGCCAGACAAACCAGACAGGGCCUGUACAGAUAAUCAGCCAGACAAACCAGUCAGGGCCUGUACAGAUAAUCAGCCAGACAAACCAGCCAGGGUCUGUACAGAUAGUCAGCCAGACAAACCAGUCCGGGCCUGUACAGAUUAUCAGCCAGACAAACCAGUCAAUGUGAGUACGGAUUAUCAGCCAGACAAACCAGUCAAUGUGUGUACAGAUUAUCAGCCAGACAAACCGGUCAAUGUGUGUACAGAUUAUCAGCCAGACAAACCAGUCAAUGUGUGUACAGAUCAUCAGCCAGACAAACCAGUCAAUGUGGGUACAGAUUAUCAGCCAGACAAACCAGUCAAUGUGAGUACGGAUUAUCAGCCAGACAAACCAGUCAGGGCCUGUACAGAUAAUCAGCCAGAAAAACCAGUCAGGGCCUGUACAGAUUAUCAGCCAAACAAACCAGUCAAUGUGAGUACGGAUUAUCAGCCAGACAAACCAGUCAAUGUGUGUACAGAUUAUGAGACAGACAAACCAGUCAGGGUCUGUACAGAUUAUCAGCCAGAAAAACCAGUCAGGGCCUGUACAGAUUAUCAGCCAGACAAACCAGUCAGGGGCUGUACAGAUCAUCAGCCAGACAAACCAGUCAAUGUGUGUACAGAUUAUCAGCCAGACAAACCAGUCAAUGUGUGUACAGAUUAUGAGACAGACAAACCAGUCAGGGUCUGUACAGAUUAUCAACCAGAAAAACCAGUCAGGGCCUGUACAGAUUAUCAGCCAGACAAACCAGUCAAUGUGAGUACGGAUUAUCAGCCAGACAAACCAGUCAGGGCCUGUACAGAUUAUCAGCCAGACAAACCAGUCAAUGUGUUUACAGAUUAUCAGACAGACAAACCAGUCAAUGUGAGUACGGUUUAUCAGCCAGACAAACCAGUCAGGGCCUGUACAGAUAAUCAGCCAGACAAACCAGUCAAUGUGUGUACAGAUUAUCAGCCAGACAAACCAGUCAAAGCAAGCCUUUAUUGUCAGCCAGACAAGUGUGUCAAAGCUGCACAAAAAUGUAGGCUAGAAAAAGCGGUUAGGGCUGAUCUUGGUUUUUAGUAACAUAAAAACAGUCUCAGCUUGACUAACCUGUUGUCUAUUCCAAUCAAUCAGUGCUGAUCAAGACUAUCAGACAAACAAGGCAGAGUUUUUAUUAAUAAAAAAAUCUCUGGAAAUAUAAAAUACAUCAAUGAUUUAGGGCACAGAAUGGAAACGAACAACUCUAAAUAUUGGCCUUUUUGUUUUUUUACAGAAAAAAGGCCUUAAAUUCUGUGUUCUAUGUUAGUACUAAAAGUCAUCUGAUCAGAGUAAAAUUGUUAUAGACUGACAGGUGACAUUACUGAUCACAGUAAUAAAGUUCAUUGUUUCAAGAAAAAUCUAGGAUGCAAUUUUAUUUCAGCUUCUGGAAUGAUGAAGUACCAGCUAUCAUUACGUGUCUUAGUACUGCAGCAAUAUUAAUGGCCAUUACUCAGCUCAAUAUGUUAUUAAAUACACUGAGCAAUAUCAUCACUGAAUGUGUUAAACACAUGGGGCAAUAUCUCCACUCAAUGUUGUUAUUAAAUAUAUUAGGUCAAAUCACCAUUUAAAAUGUCACUAUAAAACACACUGGGCCAUUACACAGCACACUAUGUUGUUAUUAAAAACACUGGGCCAUUGCAUAGCACAAUAUGUUGUAAUUAAACACACUGGGCCAUUACACAGCUCAACAUGUUGUUAUUAAACACACUGGGCUAUUACACAGCUCAACAUGUUGUAAUUAACACACUUGGCCAUUACACAGCACAAUAUGUUGUUAUUAAACACACUGGGCCAUUACACAGCUCAACAUGUUGUUAUUAACCACACUUGGCCAUUACACAGCGCAACAUGUUGUAAUUAACCACACUGGGCCAUUACACAGCUCAACAUGUUGUUAUUAAACACACUGGGCUAUUACACAGCUCAACAUGUUGUAAUUAACAACACUGGGCCAUUACACAGCUCAACAUGUUGUAAUUAAACACACUGGGCCAUUACCCAGCACAAUAUGUUGUUAUUAAACACACUGGGCCAGUACACAGCACAAUAUGUUGUUAUUUAACACGCUGGGCCAUAACUCAGCACAAUAUGUUGUUAUUAAACACACUGGGCCAGUACACAGCACAAUAUGUUGUUAUUUAACACACUGGGCCUUAACACAGCACAAUAUGUUGUUAUUAAACACACUUGGCCAUUACACAGCUCAACAUGUUGUAAUUAACAACACUGGGCCAUUACACAGCUCAACAUGUUGUAAUUAAACACACUGGGCCAUUACACAGCUCAACAUGUUGUUAUUAAACACACUGGGC